CCGUUGGAUCGGUGCCGAUGUCGUUGGGACGGUAUCGCCUGAUGAGGUUGUUUAAGUAUAUAAGCGUCAUGUAAUCCUCAAAAAAAUAAACUACUCAGCUAGAUACAGCUCUGCAUCCUGAUCAUCAUGAGAGGUCUUUUGUUCUCGACUGUCGCUGGUCUCGUCCAGCUCAGCACCGCCCAGUCUUCCACUACGCUUCCUGUACCAACUGGAACACCCAUCACUGGCGAUUACAAUGGCGCAUAUCGUCCUCAGAUUCACUUUUCCCCUCCCCAGCAUUUCAUGAACGACCCCAAUGGCAUGUUCCGCGAUGCCGAUGGUCUCUGGCAUUUAUACUAUCAGUAUAAUCCCACUGAUGUAGUCGCGGGUAAUCAGCAUUGGGGCCAUGCAACCUCGAAGGAUUUGUACCACUGGGUGAAUCAGCCCAUUGCGCUUUUCCCACCAGAGAAGGAUACUUAUGUAUUCUCUGGAAGUGCUGUUGUUGAUGUCAACAACACCUCCGGAUUCUUCCCUGACCAGGAUAAUGGUGUCGUUGCGAUUUACACACUGUCAUCGCCUACCGUUCAAGACCAGGCAAUCGCCUAUUCUCGAGAUGGAGGCUACACCUUUACUCCAUAUGCCAAAAACCCCGUCAUAAACAGCACAUCUACUCAGUUCCGUGAUCCUAAAGUCAUUCGUUACGAUGACUCAUGGAUCAUGGUCGUUGCCUACCCUCAAGACUUCAAGAUCGGCAUCUUUGAGUCUGAAAAUCUCAAGGACUGGACGCCUACCAGCAACUUCUCCCACCACGGCCUUCUCGGUCUGCAGUACGAGUGCCCUAACAUGAUCCCCAUGCCCUACGUCGAUGAGGACGGGAAGAAGCAGGAUGAUAUGUGGCUCAUGGCCAUCAGCAUCAACCCUGGUGCACCAUUGGGAGGCUCUAUUACUGAGUACUUCCCUGGUACUUUCAACGGUACUCACUUUGAGGCUGUUGAUGCUGCUGCACGAAUUGCGGACUUUGGCAAGGACAACUACGCUGGCCAGUGGUUUUACGGUCUUUCAGAGGACGAGUAUCCUGUUUCUAUUGCUUGGGCUUCCAACUGGCAGUAUACCAGCGUUGUGCCUACUGGCGAUGAGGGUUGGAGAAGCGCCAUGAGUCUUCCUCGUGAGAACUACCUCACCAAGGCUAAGCGUGUUGGCUGGAAACUUGUCUCCAAGCCCUAUGACCUCAGCCCUGUCCUGGGUCGCGAGCUCGCCUCCAACAGCAGCUUUGGCAACGGAACACUUAUUGUCGACUACUCUGAUGUUGAGUCCAACGCUAUUUACUGGGAAGUCAACAUCACUGGCAUUCCCGACAGCGGAAUUCCCUCAACCUCUUCUAUGAACUGGACGUUCUCAAGCCCCAUCACCAACGAAGCCAUCAAGAGCGGCUACUACCUCGGUGGCGAUCCAGUGUUCUUCCUCGACCGCGGCGGUGUCAAGGGCUUUGACAACAUCUUCUACACUGAUAAGACGUCCCUGGGUAGUCUCGCUACCGAGAACGGCACCUGGAGCCUUAGUGGUGUGAUUGAUAGGUCAAUUUAUGAGGCUUUCCUCAACGGUGGCGUUGAUAGCGUCACCAACACUUUCUUCUCCACAGAGCCCUUGACACUCAUGAUCUUCAGCGCAACUGACCUGCCGGAGGAUGUCAAGGUUAGUGUCAAGGUUCAUGCUUUGGAGAGUGCUUGGAAGGAGAUGGAGAAUGACAAUGGACUUGUAGCGGGAAACAGAACAUCGAGUUCGUCAUAGUAUAUAACAUUUUAAGUAUAUAUGUGAGCAUAUAAUAUUGGCGCUUUGAUAACAGCUUAUGCGAUACUGAUAACCUCAAGCUACAUUCUAUUCCAUUUCGAACUCUAAACCUUUACUCAUUUUCUGUCCAACGUACUGAAAAGCUUGUGUUGCUUGAUCGGUGAAAUGGAGAUUAAGGCUAGUACUGCCCAAGCCAGCAUCAUCAACCAAACAUGUCCAAAUGCUUUCAUGAGUGACUCCAUUACUCCACUGUACCAGCCCUCGGGCAGAUGGUGAAUCUCGGUCAGGUCAUCCUUGAUACGCCAAAUCUCAUCUGCCGCAUUAGGCUGAUUGCCGAACCGGGCCCACAAGCUCAUAUCUAGGCUUGAUUGGUAUAAGACGGAGGCGAGUGUUAUUCCAAUGGUGCCGCCCAAGCUUCGUGCUAGGUCUAUAAAUCUGUCAAUAGGGUUCUUCCCAAGGGUAGGUGAAAGUCUUACAUGUGGUGGAUGUGACAACGGCCUGUUGCGCAUGACCUACAGCUGCUACGCAAGCGACCUGUGUAAUGCUGAAGACGGCAUUGUAACCCAGGCCAACGAUAAAGAAGGCCAGGCAAGUCAUCCAAGCUGGACUGACAUCAUUCUGAACUGCGAAUAUGGCAGUGCCUAUGAUAAGAGCAAGAAUACUGCUUACUACCAGUCCUACAUACUUGCCCGUCUUCUUCAUGAGGUAGCCGGGGACGAGUCCUCCGAGGCAUGUGCCAACUGACGCCGGUAAUAUCUUCAAACCCGCGUUAGUGGCGGAAUCACCACGGGCUUGAAGAUAGAGAGGGACAUAAAAGAUGCUGGUCAGAGCAAUGGCUGAGCAAAAGACACUAGCCAAGCAAGAAGCAAGUACUGUUGGGUUGAGAAGAAGCCGGACAGGGAUGAUUGGCUGAGAAGCUCUAAGCUCCCAGACGACGAAGGCUGAGAACAAUAGAAUCGAGAGUGAAAUCGCUGCUAUAGGCAAGGGAUGCAGCCACGGGACUAUGUUUCCUCCAGAGCUUAGACCUAAGACGAGGGAUGCCAGGAAAGAGGAAACCAAAAAGACGCCGCCAAAGUCAAUACGCUUGACGUAGGACUUGUCAGACUGUUUGGGUGGAACUUUGAUCAAACUGUACACGAUGAGAGCUGAGAGCAGAGAAGGGAGAACUUGGAUGAGAAACGCCAUUCUCCAUCCCCAGCUGGUAUAGUCAUUUAAGAAGCCACCAAAUACAGCACCGACCAUAGCACCUGAAGCAUACCAGAUGUUGGCAAUACCUCCCACUAGUCCACGCUUCCGAAGAGGGACAAGAUCUGAGCCUAGGAAGGUUGGUAUACUCAUAAGCCCCCCACCGCCGAUUCCAGCGAUGACUCUUCCAAGUAUCAUUAUCUUCUGGCUAGUAGCAAGACCGCAUAUGAGGUUCCCAACUGCGAAGGCAAUGUUACUAAAUGCCAAACCAGGUCCACGACCGAAAAUGUCGGUGAGACGGCCUGAGAUUGGCUGACUAGCAGCAUUGGCUAUCAGAUAUGCCGUAGCAAGCCAGGAUAGGAGACUAAGAGAGUUGAACUCGCUGGAAAUCUGAGCAGACAGGGUAGCGAUAACAGUUGUAUCGGCUGCACCGAGGAAGACGCCAAGCCAGGCUGUGCUCAUGAUCAUAGCGAGUCUUGCGAAGGAGAGCUCUUUGGGAAUGAUCGCUACUUCUCCAUCCAGCUCAGAAGUCGCGACUGUAUCACGACAAGAAGAUCCAUAGUUUUGGUUCUCAUGAUCCGACCUGAGAAGUGGUGUGCGUUCAGACAUGAUGUCUGGAGGAUAAGAAGAGGGAAAAUUAUCAGCCAAUGAUAUAAAAAUAGUCAAUAAAGAAAGAUGUGGGAAAGGUAGUUAAGUUGCAGUUUCUUCUAAACAAAAUGAAUAACAAAAUAAAGGAUUUAACACGGUCUACGGUAGGCUGAUACCAGGAAUAGACUCAACGCGGA